GCUUUAUAGUUUCUAGUAGAGAGAUAACAAAUCAAAAAACCAAAUCUCCCCAUCUCCUUCCCUCUUCUUCAAAAACGCACCCUAUUCUUCCCUAUUUGCAUCGCAUUUGUUCUUGAAUCUCUUUGUAUUCUCAGAGUUUCUUAGAGAGAGAGAGAAAGAAAGAGAAUGUUCCAUGCCAAGAAACCCUCUACUAUGAAUUCCCAUGAUAGACCCAUGUGUGUUCAAGGUGACUCUGGUCUUGUCCUAACUACUGACCCUAAACCUCGUCUUCGUUGGACAGUUGAACUUCAUGAACGCUUUGUCGAUGCUGUUACUCAACUUGGAGGACCUGAUAAAGCUACACCAAAGACCAUCAUGAGAGUUAUGGGUGUGAAGGGUCUUACCCUUUACCACCUCAAAAGCCAUCUUCAGAAAUUCAGACUUGGAAAGCAACCUCACAAGGAAUUCAAUGAUCACUCAAUCAAAGAUUCUCCAGCAUUAGAUCUUCAAAGAAAUGCUGGAUCUUCUUCUGUCAUGAUGAGCCGAAGUAUGAACGAGAUGCAAAUGGAGGUGCAGAGAAGAUUGCAUGAACAGUUAGAGGUGCAAAGACAUCUUCAAUUAAGGAUCGAAGCUCAUGGAAAAUACAUGCAAAAUAUGUUGGAGAAAGCUUAUCAAACACUUGCCAGUGAAAAUAUGGCCUCAGGAAGCUACAAAGGCAUUGGAAAUCAAGGAAUUCCUGAUAUGGGUGCUGGGAUGAAAGAUUUUGGUCCUUUAAAUUUCCCACCAUUUCAAGACCUUAACAUUUAUGGAGGUGACCAACUUGAUCUUCAUCAACACAACAUGGAAAGGCCAUCAUCACUUGAUGGGUUCAUGCCAAACAAUGAUAAUAUUUGCUUGGGAAAAAAGAGGUCCAGCCCUUAUGGCGGUAGCGGCAAGAGCCCUUUAAUCUGGCCUGAUGAUCUUCGUUUGCAAGAUCUGGGAUCAGCACCAACCUGUCUUGGACCUCAAGAUGAUCAUCUUUUCAAAGGUGAUCAUCACCAGAUUCAGAUUGAUAGAGGAACUGAUUUGGAUUCCAUAUCUGAUAUUUAUGAAACAAAGCCGCCAGUGAUUCAAGGUGAUCCAAUGUGUGAUAAGAAUGCAAAGCUGGAAAGGCCAUCGCCGAGAAGAGCACCACUUCCCUCUGAUAGGAUGAGCCCUAUGAUGAAUACUACUGGUGGCAUGCCACAAGAGAGAAACUCACCUUUUGGGUGAUGAAACUAAUCUAUUUUGAUCACUUAGAUGUAAGUCAUGACUUGAUGAUGAUAUUAAUUAUGCUCUCGAGUAUGUGAGGUCUAGGGUUUUUGGUAUCCAAAAAGUUGGCAAUUUAUUACACUAGGUCUUCUACUCGAUCUGGUAUGAUCAUAUAAUGCAAUAAUGCCUGGCAAAACCAUCCAGCUAAAUUGCAUUAAUUAAUUAAUUAACUAGUGUUUUUUUAUUUA